AAAACUGGGAAUCUCUUUGGCUGAAUGGAUUUCAAAAGUCGCUCUGUGCUGUUAACCAAAAAGAGUGCCAAUCACAUAAAAAUGAAGCAAGUACCAGAGAUCCUUGGAAGUCCUACGGGGAAAACACAGAACUGUGAAGUGAACCGCGAGUGUUCCGUCUACUUGGGCAAAACACAUCUUUCUGCCGCACUACAGGAGGAUGUUGUGCCGAAAUACAAUGGCCGCGAUGCUCUCCCAUUUAUCCCAGCCGAGAAGCUGAAAGACCUCACUUCUCACGUGUUUAAUGGAGAAUCGGGCGCACAAGACACCAAGCUGCGUUUUGAGUCGCAGGAUAUAAAAGAAGCCGGGACGCCCCCUCACACCACUCCUGCCAAGAACUGCUCUCCGGAGAUCAAACUGAAAAUCACUAAGACUUACAUGAACGGAAAGCCUCUGUUUGAGUCUUCAAUUUGUGGUGACAAUGGGAUAGAUAUAUCUCCAGCGGAGGAAAACCAGGAGAAAACAGCAAAUAAAGAGAGGAGAAACAGGAAAAGGAGCAUCAAGUAUGACUCUGUGCUUGAACAGGGCUUCGGCGAAGUGGCCUUAACCUCAAAGACAAGUAGUCCCUCUGGCGAGAAGAUUCCAUCCGAGGAAGAUUUGACUGCCAUCACUGGCAAAGACGACAGAAUUCAUGUGUUGAAGUACAAAGUGGGAGACCUGGUGUGGUCCAAAGUAUCUGGCUAUCCAUGGUGGCCGUGUAUGGUGACGACAGAUCCUCUCCUUCAUAACUUCACGAAAAUAAAUGGCCAGAAGAAGAGUUUUCGCCAGUAUCACGUACAGUUCUUUGGAGACGCCCCAGAACGAGCUUGGGUAUUUGAGAAAAGCCUUGUGCCGUUCAGUGGAGAAGAGCAAUAUGAGCAGUUAUGCCAGGAAAGUGCAAAGCAUUCCCUUACCAAAGCAGAGAAAAUAAAGAUGCUGAAACCCGUUUCAGGAAAACUGCGUCCUCAGUGGGAAAUGGGUAUUAAGCAAGCAAAAGAUGCGUUAUCUUUGACUGCAGAUGAACGGAAAGCCAAGUAUACCUUCUUUUAUAUCAGGGGCAGGCCGGUUCUUAAUCCUCAGGUGGCAAAGGAAGCAGGUCUUGCCGUCAAGUCACUGGAGGAAAUGGAUAAAAUUUACUCGGACGAAGACAUUUCCCAGUCUUUGAAAUUGAGGAAAGAAUCCGAUGUCCCUACCAAGAGAAGGAGAACAAAAAUGCCCGCAGCUAAUGAAUCUCAAGAAGACAUUAAACCGUUUAAGAACGCCAGCCCCGAUAAAACCCUUGAAGAGAGAGAAACCAAACGAGGCACAGGGUCACCUCUCGGUAGGAAAAAAGCCGUUGCCUACACCCCGCGAAACCGGAAGGGAGAUGCAGUGUCUCAGUUCUUGGUCUUUUGCCAGAAGCACCGAGAUGAGGUGGUUUCUGAACAUCAAGACGCCUCCAGUGACGAAAUUGAAGAGCUGCUGGAGUCGCAGUGGAAUAUGCUUAGUGAAAAACAGAAAGCGCGCUAUAACACAAAAUUUGCCAUAGUGACCUCUCCCAAGUCUGAAGAAGACACUGGUUCAUCCGAGAAGAGUAUGGGAGAGGCCAAACGUAAAGUGUUUCAAGAAUCACCUAAAAGGAGAUCAAGAUCCAGAAGUAACUUACAUGGAAAUAAAAGGCAUCCGGUAAAGAGGACAAAGGAACCCACCGAAGAAUUUGAAGCUCAGGAAGCACCUAGGAAAAGGCUCAGGAUGGAUAAAAGGAAUAACCAGAAGAGGGAGACAAGCAAUGACAAAACAACAAAAACAAACUCUACUAAGGGCACAGAAAUCUCUUCUUCCCAAAAGAACCAGUCAGGUCUGUCAGAUGCAUGUAAACCACUGAAGAAGCGAAAUCGAGGUUCGGCCGCAGAAUCUUCGCACCUUGCUUAUAGCAAAAAUUCGUCUCCUUCAGCUUCCUUUACUGAGAAUGAGAUUUCAGAUGGUCAAGGGGACGAGCGGCCAGAGUCUCCCUAUGAAAGCGCGGACGAGGCGCAAGUGGAAUUGUCUCUGCUAUCCAAAAAGGCCGACCGAGGAUCUGCACCGAGGAAGGAAUACGUUUGUCAGCUUUGUGAAAAGCCUGGAGAUUUGCUGCUGUGUGAAGGACGGUGUUGCGGUGCCUUCCAUGCCGGGUGCACAGGGCUCCCGUGGAAAUCCUCAGGACGCUUCGUCUGUAGCGAAUGCUCUUCAGGCAUCCACAAGUGUUUUGUGUGUAAAGAGAAAAAAUCAGAAGUGAAGCGCUGCACCGUGUCCCACUGUGGGAAAUUUUACCAUGAAACCUGUGUGAAAAAAUUCCACCUGACGGUGUUCGAGAACAGAGGGUUUCGAUGCCCUCUCCACAGCUGUGCGAACUGUCACGUUACAAAUCCUUCAAGUCCCAAAGUAUUCAAAGGCAAAAUGAUGCGCUGCAUCCGCUGCCCUGUGGCUUAUCACGCCGGCGAUGGCUGCAUUGCCGCGGGUUGCGAGGUGAUCAAUUCGAGCAGCAUCAUUUGCACCAACCACUUUACUGUCACCAAAGGGAAAAGCCACCACGCGCACGUGAAUGUAAGCUGGUGUUUUGUGUGCUCAAAAGGUGGAAGCCUUUUGUGCUGCGAGUCGUGUCCGGCCGCAUUUCACCCAGAUUGUUUAAACAUUGAAAUGCCAGACGGAAGCUGGUAUUGCAACGACUGCAAGUCAGGGAAGAAAAUCCACUUUCAGGAUAUAAUUUGGGUCAAACUAGGAAAUUACAGGUGGUGGCCUGCGGAAGUCUGCCAUCCGAAAAACGUCCCCCCAAAUAUUCAGAAAAUGAAGCACGAGAUCGGAGAGUUUCCUGUGUUUUUCUUUGGCUCGAAAGAUUAUUACUGGACGCAUCAGGCCCGCGUGUUUCCCUACAUGGAAGGAGACCGGGGAAGUCGAUACCAGGGAAUUAAAGGAAUUGGAAAAGUCUUCAAGAAGGCUUUGCAAGACGCUGAAGCACGUUUUCGAGAAAUUAAACUUCGGCGGGAAGCCAAAGAAACUCAGGAAAACGAGCGCAGACCUCCUCCUUACAAACACAUAAAGGUAAAUAAGGCUUUUGGAAAGGUCCAGAUUUACACUGCCGACAUUUCCGAGAUUCCCAAAUGUAACUGCAAACUCUCCGACGAGAACCCCUGUGGUCUCGAUUCUGAGUGCCUGAAUCGGAUGCUGAUGUACGAAUGCCACCCACAAGUGUGCCUCGCGGGAGACCGCUGCCAGAACCAGUGCUUUACCAAACGCCAGUACCCCGAGACAAAGAUCAUCAAGACGGACGGCAAAGGGUGGGGCUUGGUUGCCAAGAGGGACAUUAAAAAGGGCGAGUUUGUCAACGAAUACGUCGGUGAGCUGAUCGACGAAGAGGAGUGCAUGGCCAGGAUCAAAUAUGCGCAUGAGAACGACAUCACGUACUUCUACAUGCUGACGAUCGAUAAGGAUCGUAUCAUUGACGCCGGCCCGAAAGGAAACUAUUCUCGUUUUAUGAAUCACAGCUGCCAACCAAACUGCGAAACUUUAAAGUGGACGGUUCAUGGGGACACUCGUGUAGGACUGUUUGCUGUAUGCGAUAUUCCUGCAGGGACCGAAUUGACGUUUAAUUACAACCUGGACUGCCUGGGCAAUGAAAAAACAGUGUGUAAAUGUGGUGCUCCAAACUGCAGUGGUUUCCUCGGUGACAGGCCAAAGAAUUCAUCUUCUAAUGCUUCAGAGGAAAAAGGGAAGAAGACCAAAAGAAGAGCGAGGAGACGCAGAACAAAGAGCGAAGCGAGAAAGAAAUCCGAGGAUUACUGUUUCCGCUGCGGGGACGGGGGCCAGCUGGUGCUGUGCGACAGGAAAUCCUGCACCAAGGCGUACCACCUCUCUUGCCUGGCCCUGGUGAAACGCCCCUUUGGAAAAUGGGAAUGCCCCUGGCACCACUGUGAUGAUUGCGGGAAGCCCUCCAUCUCCUUUUGCCACUUCUGCCCAAACUCUUUCUGCAAGGAUCAUUACAACGAGAUGCUGCUUAGUUCUAACUUAAGCGGACAGCUGUUCUGCUCGGACCACACUGGAGAGGAUUUCACUGGAAAGAAGGUGAAGAGAGCCCCUCGGAAACUGACCUCAGCGAAGUGUAAGAAAAGACAAAGGAACAAAUGGAAGAGGAGGAUGGAGUGUAAAUAG